CUUAGCCAUAUACUUAGUCGAUACUCGAACUCGAUAUUCACAGGGUUAGUUAGCAAAGGGAGGACGUUAUUGGGUGCACGUGUAUUUAUUUGAGCAUUUUAAGAUUUUUGCGAACUUCAAGAUUCAUCGUCUCGGCCUCGGUGAUAAUUCAAGAUGUCCCUUAAUCAAACACUUGGAGAAAAUUACGGCGAUGAGAGCCUCAAAGAACGCUAUGUAUUUGUCUACGAUCUGCCAAGCUUGCAAGAAAUAACAUCUUACGAAGUUUGCCGAACAAUCUGGUACAGCAAUUUAUCUAAGUUCCAACUUAUCGACGCGGAAGAUACUAAUGUUAUUCAUUGUCGUUACAUGAUCGGGUUUUCUCUUUUCGGUCAUUACCAGAGACUCGUAGACCAAAUUAUAAAGCAUUUGAAUGUUCCUGCUUCAAUCGGAGGUAUUCUCGGAAAUUCUAUGAAUACGGUCUGUAAAGAGAUCGAAGAUUGGGUGAAAGAUUUUUACUAUUGCACAAUAAAUCUGGAAGGCCACAGCGGAAUUGAUCUUAUUGAUCCAAAAUGGUGGGUUUGGUCGGUGAAUGGCGAAAUCGACUAUUCAAAAAGCGCAAGGAGGGUUCUACAAGAUGUCAGUGUGACUGAUUGGCAGAAAUUUCUCGUGAUGUGUAGAUAUGGUAUGGCAGACGAGAUAAGUAAAUUCUCGUUGGAUUGCCUCCCACCGCAAUUUUUUACUGAAAAUUAUCGUAAUAGCAAUUUUGUUUGUUUUUAUUGGAUUUGUUUUCUCAGAAAUGAAUUGCACAGAAUACCAGUCAGAAAUAAUGAUUCAGUAGAUUGGACCAUUUCUAGAUAUCAUGCUGAGUUUCAAAUGGUCAAAAACGUUUUCUGGGAUCGUUUAAAUGACGAUCAGCGAGUAACACUUGUUGCUGAUUGGAUUAAUAAUAAUGACAGGCGUACUCCUAGAAGUGCGAAGGGCAAUAUAAUUUUGGAACAAAUUAUUUCUAAAAUGUCUCUGUCUCAGCAACAACGUUUGCUGCGUGAAACGAGACAUACAGUUCUUAGAUUUUUCGGUCCGUGGCCCGAUUCAUCAGGAUGUACACUUUGGGCAUGGAGAUACGCUGGAGAUCAGAUGACUGUAGAACAAUUUGCUGAAUUGGUUGAGGGAUUGUUGAGUACUAAACGUAUACGAGUAACUUUGAAAUCAACGUCUUUAUUGAGUGAGAUUUGGAAGACAGCAUCUGAUCAUCAGAGAAAUCACGUUAUUCGGACAAAGUUGGACUUGUUCAUGCAUUUUUUACUAAAUGAUAAUGGUUUGACAUUCUCAGACCAAUUUCUUCAGUUCAUAUCCGAAGACGAAAGAAAAAAAAUGAUUUUUAGAUCAGUGAACCGAAAUGUUAUCCAAGAUUGUGAAGUUGGUUUUUUGAGCAGCUUCCUGAAUGAACAUUUGCCACGCCCGGAAGACCAAUUUACGUUCAGAAAAUUGAUAAUCGAUUCUACUGCGUUUUUAGAACAUUUAAUAGACUUAUUGAAACGUGCAGAAUAUGAAUGGUUCGAUGAAGUAUUGAAAUUUUACUUUUCUCAUGAUACAGCUGCUGCUGAAAUAUUCAAACGAGAGUUCCUGGAACAGAAACUGAAAACUAUGAAGCUCACCUUUGACGACGACAGGUUAAUUACGAAUGUUGAUGCAUGGAAUAAAUUGAGCCAAUUCAUUGGUGUGGCUUUUGAUAACGAUCCGAAACGAGGGUCGGUGGUUAAGCAAUGGUUCAUCACAUCAGUAUUUAGUGACAAGGUCCGCCAGAUGUGGGAGUCGGGAAACACUCUUAGGCGGCGUUUCGAUGAUUUUGUGAAAAUUGUCGAAAUGGUAUUCAAGAAUGACGAACUGGAGAAUGUGAAACGUUUGUUUUCUGACGAAUUUUGCUCACUAUGCACUGAUCAUUGUCGUCAUGUACUUUUUAUGAAUGGUAUCCGUGAUAAGGUUUUUUUUCUAAAGUUUAUGCAGUGGUGUUCGCUGCAUAAUGGUAAGCCAAUUUUGAAGUACUGAUGUAACUAAAUACUUCCGGGCAAUUUACUACUCUGUACCUACCCACUAUCCAAUAAAAAAAAUACCUAAUACAUCUUACGAAAUA